AUGACAGUAGUCGGUCCAUUAAACUUCUCCGAAUCUUCGAAGCAGACGUCCCGUGUGCUCGAAAAAGAAGUUCCAUGUCUGUCGUGCUCGAAAUUAUUUAGUUUUCCUGUUGAAAAGGACUUGUACCUAGCUCAUCUGUUUCUCACAUACAAGAUUGUGAUUAGUGAUGAACAUCAUAUCGCUCUCUUGGAUGAAUAUCUGGCCUACUGGCAUAAACAGUUCCACGGUAAAGGCUUUCCGAUUCAAGUAUUGUACACAAUGCUUCUGAAUCAUUUGCCCGAUGGAACGCCAGCCGUUAAUGAGAAAUAUUACUUACUGAGCGAGGUGUUGCCACAGGAUUACGAGCUACGCAAAAACCUGCAUCUGAAACGUUUAGAACAAGUGUUACAGCAACACCAGUUCGAGAGAACGGAUCAGACAUUCAAGCGAGAAUGUUUACACUGCCGGGAUGUCAUUGCACCAACAAGAGCUUGUUUCAUUGAACACCUGUUCGCCAAGCACUUCCUGCAGCUGGGGAAGUCGGAAAAUCUCGUCUACAUUGAUGAGUUGAUCGACGACGUUCAGGACAAAUUGGAACAACUGAUUUGCCUGUUUUGUAGUAAAAAAUUUAAGGAUCGCCCGACUUUGAAGGAACAUAUGCGAAAGAAGGGCCACAAACGCAUCAAUCCUGACAACAAGACGUUCGACAAAUAUUUCCUUGUCAACUACAAAAAUGAAAUGGACAAUCCGAGGGGAAGUGGCCAUUCGGCUAAGCAAUCCGUUCAGUCUGUAAUGCUGAACAGCAUGAACGUAUCACGUCGGACACAAUCAAAAGCGGCAUACGAAAGCAAUGGGGCAGCAGCUCAGUCGGAUAGCGAUUCGGAUUGGUCAGACUGGGAGGGCGAAAAACAAAAACUCAAUUGCCUAUUCUGUUCGAUCAACGACACCGACUUUCCAGCGAUCAAAAGCCACAUGAAAGCUAGCCACGAAUUCGAUUUCGAGACGGCCAUUUCGGGAUUGAAUUUCUAUGAGAAGGUGAAGGUCGUCAACUAUAUGCGAAGACAAAUGCACUUGUCGAAAUGUGUAUCGUGUGACGAGCAAUUCGAAACUAUCAAACUGCUGUACGAUCACUUGGCGUCGGCAAAGCAUUACGGAAUCGGAAGCAAAUCGAAGUGGGAUCAUCCGGAGUUCUUUUUCCCAACGUACGAGGAUGAUUCAUUUUUGUGUUAUUUGGACGAUCCGAAUGACAACAGUUGCAUGGACGAUGCUGUAGUCAUUUCCGAAGAACCACUUGUGUCUGUGAAUCCAACCGUUGUUGAAAAACUCUCCAAAGAAAAUGAGUGA